AUGGAGAUGUGCAUGCGCUUUCUACCUUCGAACUCGGUUACCGAACACAAUGCCUCCGUCUGCGCGACGGUCACAAAGGCCCGUCGCGAGCCAAAGAGGGAGACCUCUGCUGCUCUCGAUUCCUCUCCCACACGUCCUGCGAAGCGCAGGAGGAAGGUCGAUGAACCGUCUUCCACAGCGGCGGUAAGCUCCAACGCCACAGCCGGGCCCUCGUCGGCACAUGUCCUCAUGCCGUCCACCGAUCCCGUCGAGGAGGAAGAAUCCGCGCUCGGCAACGCAAGCGAAGGAGACCAGCUCGUGUCCAGGGUCGUGCACUACCUCACUACGCCCAAGGACCAGCGCAUUCAGGCGAGCAAGGACCACUCCAACGCGAUCCACGAAGCGAACAAGGACGGGCUCGACGUCAACAUUGGCCGCGCCUCGAUCCUCCCGCGCCCAACCCCCACCGAAGAAGACGACGACUUUGUUCACAUCGACCUGGGCCCGAGCAAGACGGUCUCGCGCCAGCAUGCCAUGAUCGGCUUCGACACCAAGGAGGAGCAGUGGUUUUUCCGGGUCAAGGGCCGCAACGGCGCAAAAAUCAAUGGCGAGCCCAUGAAGUCGGGCACCUCGCGCGCCCUCGCCAGCGGCGAGCCCCUGCACAUACACGAAACCUACCUUCAGAGGGCAGGCAUCAGCCCCUCGGAGCUGCCCAGCCCCGCGCCAGCGCCCUUCAUCUCCACGACGCAACCGUCGGACGACCUGCCGUCUUCGGCUCCCUCGGCCUCCAAGGCCUCCCGGAGCAGCCAGAGCGGGCCUUCGCAGCAAAUCAUCGCGCCCGCCCCGCCCAAUUAUCGCCGCCCCGGGACCCCUCCCUCGGCGGCCCGCCGGCGCACGACCAUGGUCCAGAUGACUUCGCCGCAGGCCCCCGGCAGCGCGACGCCGUUUGGCAUGUCUCUCGAGAUUGACCUGUCCAAGGACGAUAACCGCCACAUCAAACCCCAGUUCAGCUACGCCCAGAUGAUUACCCAGUCUAUCCUGCACACGGACGACGGCAAACUGAACCUGAACGGCAUCUACAACUUUAUCAUGGACAACUACGCCUACUACAGGCAUCAGGAGCCCGCCGGUUGGCAGAACUCCAUUCGGCACAAUCUCUCACUGAACAAGGCCUUUGAAAAAGUACCCAGGUCUACUGACGAGCCGGGCAAGGGUAUGAAGUGGCAGAUUGUCAACGAGUACAAGGAUGAAAUGAUUCGCAACGCGUUCAAGGGCGGUCGCGGGGGCCACCGGGCCGGGGCCGAAGAGGCGGAGCCGCCCUACCCAGCGAUGGUAGCCCCUGCCACGGCCGCGAAAACCAGUGCCCAGCGCGGCGCCGACGAGCUCGACGUACCAACCGCAGUCGCCAACGCUAGCGUCAUCGUACCUCCAGGACGAGAAUGCUUCGUUUGUCACUCCCGCACCCCGCGGGUGCACCCCCGCCUCGCUCCGCCAUCGACAGCACCCCGGCCCAGCCAGCACAUGCCCACAAGCUCGCCCGCGCCAUUUUGGAAGUACGCCGACAUUGGGAGCACUCCCCUUCGCCCCGCGGCCCAGUUCGACGCCAGCCCGUCCCGGAGACUGGGUGGGGGUGGAGGCGGGGGCCUGUUACCGCACAGCAGUAGCCCGCCGGCGCGGCCGAUCAAGUCACCCGUUCUUAGCCCCUCGAAACCUCCACCGGAACCACCCUCGGAGAGCGGUGGAGGUGGUGUAGAUCUAGAGGAGGACCAGGGGUUCGAUUUGGCCAAGGGAUUCCAAAGCAUUGGGUCGUACCACGCACCCGUGAGCGAGGGCGUACCUAUCGCGAAGGCGCGGGAUGCCUUUUAA